AUGACGGACGAACGAAUUCUUGGAGUUAUUCUAUUUCCGGUAGGCUUUAUUGAAUUUGAAUAGAUUUCCUGUAUCGAAAUCAAGUUUUUUUCAGUUUUCUGUGAUCGGAGUUUGGACAAAUUUCUCAGUUCUAUUUUACUUCCGAAAAGUUAGUUCCCUCAACAGCUCUUUUGGAAUUAUUUCAGCGAAUCAAGCCUUAUCUAAUGGUAUUUAUUGUUCCCUUGCUUUAUUUUACUUGGUUCCAUCAUUAAUUUGGUUUGUUAAUUAGAAUUUCGAACUCUAAUUAUAUGUACAUAAUUGUUUCCAGGAAUAUUCAAAUCAUGAAAAUAUAUUCUUAUCAUUGUGGUUUCGUUUUGUAUCUUUUAUACGAUGUUGCAACAGAAUCACAUUUAUUAAUUUCAAUAAAUCGAUUCACUGCAAUUUAUUUUCCUCACACAUUCUCAAAAUAUUUCAAGUCGAAACAAACGUAUUAUAUUCUCACUAUUCUAUGGGUUAUAUUAGCAAUUAUUGCUGUCAUCGUUUUUGAGUUCAGUGAGUCAUUUCAUACUUAAUUUGAUCUCAAUGACACAUAAUAUUGAACUCUAAAUUAUUCUCAGAAUGUAAAAUGUAUUACGAAGAAAAAUAUUGGGUAUUUCUAUACAGUGACAAUGAUGAUUGUUCUUCCAUAACAUUCUACAUUGAUUUUGUUUUUCAUAUGAUUGUGAUUUGUUGUGUGACAUUUCUCAAUAUUUGCACUUUUCUGAAAGUUAGGAAAAGCAACAAAGUGCUUUCAUCAACAAUCGACCAAAAAUCGUCGAAGAGAAAACAGAAAAUUGAGAAAAGCUUUUUGAAACAGGUAAUUACCACGAUUAAUAGAAUCGAGUCAAGUAAUUCGUUUCAGAUGUUUUAUCAGAGCUCGAUAUAUGUGAUAGCAUUGUUGACUUAUUUUUUCGUAGCAAUAUUGAUUGAGGAUAAUUGGCUACGAUUUUUUGUUAUAACACUCCCAUGGAUUAUAAUUCAUUCGUUAGAUGGGUAAGUUUUGACUAAAGAGUGGCAAGAAUUAGAAAUUUUUAAUCAUGUACCAAAACUCCCGCCAUAGGAAUUUUUUUUACAGAACUGUGAUCAUAUUAUGUAACCCAGAGCUAUGUACAGUAUGCUUGAGCAAAUGGGGAUUGUCCGUUAUUGGAAGCAAUCGACAAACUACAGUUGUGGUUGCAUCAGUGAAAUAA